CGCUCUGGUCGCCGCAAGGUGAACCGGAUCUAACAUCGCUGCGGCUACCCUAGACGACUUCGCAGACUCCCCGCAGCCAUGGCCAGCAAGGGCUUGCAGGACCUGAAGCAGCAAGUGCAGGGGACGGCCCAGGAAGCGGCGACUGCAGCAGGAGCAACGGCUCAGCAAGUGGUGGAUCAGGCCACAGAAGCAGGACAGAAAGCCAUGGACCAGGUGGCCAAAUCCACCCAGGAAACCAUCGACAAGACUGCUAACCAGGCCUCUGAGACUUUCUCAGGUCUUGGGAAAAAAUUAGGCUUCAUGUAAUGACAGAAGGGAGACAUGGAUGACUGCCCUCCAGGCCCUGAGUUCUGGCAGGCCAUUGGCCUGCUGCCUUAUUAAAGCACUUGUUCCUACCUUGUGUCCACUUCAUGCCUCCCCACAAGCUGGGCCCAGCUCUCUCUCGCC